AUGUCCGGAUCUGUGGCCAAAGGGCACCCUAAUAAACCAUUUUCGGAACUUGCAGCGCCAAAAUAUGGUAAAGGAAAACCUAAACAGCAGGAAGUAAAGAUUCUGCAUAUAAAUGUGAGAUCCCUAAGAAGAAAAAUAGAUGAGUUGGAGGCCUUUCUUGUUGAUGAGGACAUUGAUCUACUGUGCCUGACAGAACAUUGGUUGACCAAAGAAGAAAUGGAAGUUGUCCAUUUGCAGGGAUAUAUGAUGAGAGGGUCUUCUGAACGGAAGGACUUCACAGGGAAUUUUGAUACCUUCUUGGAAUCAAUGGAGGGAAUAUUAACACAAUUGAGUAGGAAUAGGCAAAUUAUUCUUGCUGGGGAUUUCAAUACUUACAACAUGUCUGACUUGCCACUUAAACUAGUCGAUAUGACGGAAGGUGAAUUAUACGCCGAACUCGAAAACAUUUAUUCAGAAAUGGAACAAAGUCGUAUAAACGGUGAAGAAAUUCCAUCUGAUUGUGAAUCGUUAGCCAGUAGCAGAGACGACCAAGAAAGUGAUACAGAAACUACUAUUAGAAGCAACGUGUUGAUAUGUUCAUAUAGUGACUCAGAAGAUGAUAUACCUUUGUCAACUAUCGCUGGAAAACUGCAGCUAGCUUCAUCUGCCUCAUCAGUUGGAAGAAAGUCUCCAGUUUGGUCUAAUGUGAAAACUCCUACACCACCUCCAGAUUUUACUGCGCAUUCUGGUCUAGCAGAUUGUGUAACGAAUAUGACAGAUCCAACACCGUACAAAUUAUUUCAAUUAUUUUUUUCUGACUCCUUGAUAGAAAGUAUUGUUUUUGAAACGAACCUGUAUGCUCAACAACAGUUCAGCAAGCAUAAACCAACUGAUGUUCGAAAACCUAGUGGUGAUGUCGAGAAAAACUUGGGCUCAAGAAUUGUGAAACAGCUAUGCGAGGGUCUCGAAAAUAAAAAUCACUUGGUCUAUUUUGACAAUUUUUUCAACGGAGUCGAGCUAAUGGAAGAUCUAAAAAAUAUGCAGAUACAUGCCUGUGGUACUGUUAAUUCUUCUAGGCGGAAUAUUCCGAAGUUCAAAUCAGAUAAGAACAUGAAAAGAGGUGAUAUCGAGUGGUUUACAAGCAAUAGUGAUUUGUCUGUUAUUAAAUGGAAGGACAAGCGUUCCGUUUUUCUCCUGUCUAACUUCCAUGACCCACGUGAUACUCUUGAAGUGAACCGAAAAGAAAAGAAUGGAUCAAUUACCAAAGUGCCUUGUCCAAAAGCCCUUUCUGAUUACAAUGCCAAUAUGAAUUUUGUCGACAAGUUCGACCAAAAUCUUACUUCCUACAAAAUAGAUCGAAAAAUCCAUAAAUGGUGGCAUCGCAUUUUCUUUUUUUUCCUGGAUGCUGCUGUUGUUAAUGCAUUUGUAUUAUAUAAGGAGUUACAGCUACCCACACUUUCUAUGAAAGAUUUCCGAAGAAGUACAAGGUCUUGUUGUACAACAACUGGUAGGUAG